GGCGGUGGCGGCGGCGUUGAGAACCUAGAGCCUGAGCCCGGCCGGGGCCGAGCAGAGCGGUGCGCGGCGGCGGCAGCGGCGGCGGUAGCUGGGCCGGGAGAGGCUGGCGCGCCGGGCGGCUCUGCGAAUCCUCCGGCAUCCGCCCCGGCGGGUCGCCCCCGCCCGCGGCAGCCCCCCGAGCAGCGGCCCGGCACCGGCGCCUUCCCGGCGGGCAGGAGUGAACCAUGGAGCUACGUGUGGGGAACAAGUACCGCCUGGGCCGGAAGAUCGGGAGCGGAUCCUUUGGAGAUAUCUACCUGGGUGCCAACAUUGCCUCUGGUGAAGAAGUUGCUAUCAAGCUCGAGUGUGUGAAGACAAAGCACCCCCAGCUGCACAUCGAGAGCAAGUUCUACAAGAUGAUGCAGGGGGGAGUGGGAAUCCCGUCCAUCAAGUGGUGCGGGGCCGAGGGUGACUACAAUGUGAUGGUCAUGGAGUUGCUGGGGCCCAGCCUCGAGGACCUCUUCAACUUCUGCUCCCGAAAGUUUAGCCUCAAGACGGUGCUGCUCCUGGCGGACCAGAUGAUCAGCCGCAUCGAGUACAUCCACUCCAAGAACUUCAUCCACCGGGACGUCAAACCCGACAACUUCCUCAUGGGGCUGGGGAAGAAGGGCAACCUGGUGUACAUCAUCGACUUCGGGCUGGCCAAGAAGUACCGGGACGCCCGCACCCACCAGCACAUCCCCUACCGGGAAAACAAGAACUUGACCGGCACGGCCCGCUACGCCUCCAUCAACACCCACCUGGGCAUCGAGCAAAGCCGUCGAGAUGACCUGGAGAGUCUGGGUUACGUGCUCAUGUACUUCAACCUGGGCUCCCUGCCCUGGCAGGGCCUCAAGGCGGCCACCAAGCGCCAGAAGUAUGAGCGCAUCAGCGAGAAGAAGAUGUCGACGCCCAUCGAGGUCCUCUGCAAAGGCUACCCCUCUGAGUUCUCAACAUACCUCAACUUCUGCCGUUCGCUGCGGUUCGAUGACAAGCCUGACUACUCCUACCUGCGCCAGCUCUUCCGCAACCUCUUCCACCGGCAGGGCUUCUCCUACGACUACGUCUUCGACUGGAACAUGCUCAAAUUCGGGGCUUCCUCGAGCCAGGCUCAGCCCCGUGACAGCGAAGCUAUUGCACUGCCCUGCCCCCGCCCCUGUCCCUGUGCCGGGCCCACGUACCCACCCACAUACUGGUGCCCGGCGCCCCUGGGCACCCAGUUCCCCGCAGAUAGGCCCAUGGAGGAGGUGGAGGAGUUGCCUCCCCCAAACUACUGGCCUGUGGUCUGGACUCCUGGGCCCCAAUUCUGACAUCACCAAGUGUGCCCGAGCCUAUCGGGGCCAGGCUCGAGGAGACGUCCCUUGGCAUGGUGGGGGCACAGUGGAGAGGGUGUGGCAGAGAAGGUCCUGCUGCGAGAUUCCUGGGGACAAAUCCGCUGCCUGAUGAACAGAGCCUGAAGGAGAGACGAUGUUCCCUGCCCUGGAGGGCCUGCCGAGAACGGGUACCAGAUGCAGCCUCAGCCUGACCCUGUCAGCGGCCUCUGUCUUGAACCCGAACUCAUUAAAUGCCCGCCCCCCCCCCCGUACUGCAGUUCAUCGUCGUGUGCCUCUCUUUUCACGGUGGGCACCUUCAGCCCACGCCGCCAGCUGCUCAGGACCGAGGCCUUGUUCUCCAAGACGCUGGGAUUGCACUGGCCUUGGUCUCCUUCUCUUUCUGGUUCUCAGACAGUGGCCUGGUACUGUUCCCUAAGGAGUGGGGCAGAGGUUGGGCAGAGGAUGGGAGUUCCAUGGCCAAAGGACCCAGGGGUGACCGUGGGGUGCCUUUCACCCCAGACCUUUGGGCUGAGAGCACAGCCGAGGGCCUGGGGCCAGCUCUUCUUGCUCCAGGGCACUGCUCAGGGCGCUGGGCAUUCACUCAUUUAUGUAGAGAGGCGUUCCUGUGUCUGGUUCUCGGCUGGGUUUGGCCCUUCCUCUUGGCACAGCUCCAGCAGUGGGGUCUGUGUUAUCCAGGCCUGUCACCUCCCGUAGGGUAGCCACUGGCUUCUUGUGGCUGGCUAAGUGAAUUAAAGCUGGAAACAUACUUCUGCAGUUGCCUUUGCCACAUUCAGAGUUCAGGAGCCACAAGUGGCUGCCUAGUGGCUCUAACGAAUACCCAGCAAGGCGGAUGUGAGCACAUCCCUCGUCACAGAGAGGCUGCGGGACCUGCCACUCCAAACGGCUCCUCAGAGAGCCUCUCAUGGGACCAUAAAGCCGACAAGAUCCCACCUCAAGCCAGGCUAGGAGCUCCCUCUCCACCCAUUGCUGGCACCCCGACCCCUGCCUGGGGUUCUCUUGGAGGCAGGCCCUGGGGUCAGAAGCUGAGCAGAGGUGCCAGCAGCCUUGUCCUGCACUGAUUGAUCUCUGGCUUGAGGGCCAUCGGACUGGAUAAUUUGGCACCUUUGACCCCAUCACCACGCUGGUGAGCUCACCAUGGAGCCUCCAGUGCCUGCGACGGAAACAUCUGCAGGCACGCACUGGGGACCUACCACACUCAUCUCAAGGCCAAGCCCCUCCCACAUCAACCCCCACACCCCUGCAGGAAGCCUACACCAGCACCUACCAGCAGGCUGGACAUUCCGCUGGGCACUGUGGGCUGCAGAGUCCCGUGGGAAGAAUCCUGCUCUUGACUGAGAACUUGCCUCUUUGAAGUGCCCACCCCGUAUGGUUGGGUAUCAGGGCCCUGGAAUCCCUGGAUCCCGGAGGCUGGGAUGCUGCUCUCAGCACGCAGGGCCAGUGUCUUCCAAGGUCCAACUAGCCGGCCAGGUGGAAACUCAACACAGCCAAGGACAGGAGUCUGCACGACGUGGGUGGAUGCCUGUGUGACUUUGACAUUGACCUGUAUUUUCUUGUGGGCAAAUAAAAGCCAAGAGACCUCC